AAAAAGGCAAGAAAUUUGGCCAGAUGUCAAGAAAGUUCAAGCGAAAAAAGACCAAAAAUGCCAAAGGGGCAACUUACCAAGAGAUACCAGGCUCAAAUUUAAUAGAUGAUGAUAGUGGCAAUGACAGUUGGCCCAAAGAAACACAGAGGAGAUUAUGAAAAGCUUAAAACAGUAAAAAUUGUUUUUAUCAUUGCAACUUGCAAAAGUUGGACGUUAUGUUUUUUAAAAUAAUGCAACUACACAAAAUAUAAUUUAAAAAUAAUUUUUACAAGAAAAUGUAAUAAUUAAGAGAAAAUGUAUAAUGUUUGUUAUGUAGACUUUUACGUGUAUUUACCAGAAAAUGAGUAAAAGUGCACUUUUAAAGUUUUUCAUUUACUUGGUUAUUGGAUGUAAUACGUCUGUUUUUCACCAAGUUGUUUCACAAAAACAGAAACUUCUAAACUUCACUUUGUGUUAUAAUUUGUGUUUGGAUAGUUCUAAAUAAAAAUGCUCGACUUAUUCAUAAAUGAUACAUUGUCCAUUCCUUGCAUUGUCUGAUUUUUCUUUUCUUUUUAAGUAAUAUGUAAUGUAAAGUGUAUGUCAAAUGUCAAGUCUUUAUAAUGAAAUAAUGAAACAGUUGUAAACAGUUGUAAAUCAGCAGAAUUUACCGUCUUUUAUGUAUAUAUAUAGCUGUAGUUUCAUGUGCUUACCUAGUUAGUUGCAGUUGCUUGUCAUGUAAUAGAACUCUUGCUUUAAAUCUAAUAAAUAUACAUGUUAAAAGCAACAUGAGAUAAGCCUCAAACCUAACCAAACAGGUCGUCCAUUUUAUUAAUCACCCCCUUCCCUGUCCGCCUUUUUCUCUCUCCUCUUUUCUCUAUAAUGACGUCCGCGAAGCAAGUAUUUUGAAUUGCACAGCCCGGUGCGUGUCACUCAUGACUGGCUCAUAACUAUAAACAAUAAAUAUGACUUGAAAGGCACUUGAAAUUUUAUUGCAUAUUGUUAGGGUCGCUAACCACAUCACCUUAUCAUGUUCAACUUUAAAAGGAAGAGUGAAAAGGGGGAUAAAGAUGCUAAAGAAAGUAAAAAAGAGGAGAAACGAAAACGAGAAAAGGACCGAAAGGCAAGAAACGAAAGGACUCUAUCGGGUCGAGAAAUGGCUGGGUUUAUUGCCCACUCCAGAGGUAUCGAGACUAACAACGUAAAGCCAGAGAAACAUGGAAUUUUUCGUUCUUCAAAGACAAAGUUUGGAAAGAAUUUGGAUUUUUCUGAGAGUAAUGAGAACAGCUACCGUAAUGGGCAAACCAUAGCAGAAAAUGAGCAGGAAAAUGGCGCCCCAUCUGUGUUAUCUCGAGUUAGUGCAUUUGAAAACUUACAAUCUAGUCAAGCAGGUUUCGUUAGGCAGUCUUCCGAAAAUUAUCAAAAUGCUUCUGAAUCGAGGUCAAGUCGUGGUAAAAGUGGCUCACUUAGUCGCAGUGAGGACUUUCAAAGAGUACAAACAAAAAUAUCAUUUGACCAAGUAGAUGGGCAUUCCGAAGGGCAUUUGUUUAACAACAAUAGCUACAACAAACUCGUUAUUGAACCCUCCGAAAUCGAAUCCUCACAAGUUGUCUUGUCUGAAAAUACAGACGACAGUUAUGUACCGGCAAACGAACCUUCUCGCGUUGUUAAGCCACCUAUACCACCGAAAAUUCGCCAACACAACGCCAAAAGUUCGUUAUCUACAACGCAUCACUCGUCUCUUGUCGUCAACCCUAGUCGAAAUACAAGUGUAAAAACAAAGCGAGCCGUAGAUGUAUUGCCUCCAAGCGAAAGAACGCUGGAAAACAACGGCGUCUCCCUUGUUUUGCCUGCCGUUAAACCGGUUGGAGAAGAAAUGUCUAGGUAUAUAAAACUGAAACGUCAAACAAAUGGAGGUUUUGGUUUUGCCUUGCGUCGUUCUACAACAAAUGAUAAUAAAGAAAUAUAUCUUGCUGAACCUGUGGCUGAAGCUUACGCAACCUGCCUUCUACCAGGAGAUAAAUUACUCGAGGUGAAUGGGCAUAACGUGGAAAAUUUAAGCCGUGAAAAAAUAGUUAACCUUGUAGCAUCAUCAGGUAGUGAAGUCGAACUAAAAGUUGUUCCUAUCCCAGAACUAGCUGAAUUAACUGUGAGAAGUGGUCUCGAUGGCGGCAGACUGCAGGUUGACGAAACUUUCAUACGCUCAGGCUCUUUAGCUAGAAGUGGCAGCAAGAGAAUCAAGAAGAAGACAAAAACGGAAGCUGAAGUUGCAUCUGAAAAAGAAUGGCUUGAGGCAGAAAAGGUAUGGGUUGUCCACAAAGGUGGGUUUUCUGGUGGUCGUAUGCUUAAGUCAACUAAAAGCAACGAAGUGGAAACAACUAGAAAGGUGAAACUUGAACAUGGAGGAGAAAUUAUGGAUAUUGAAGAAGAAUGCAUUGAAAAGGCUAAUCCACCUUGGUUUGAUCGUGCUGAGGAUCUUUCUGCCUUGAAUCAUCUUAAUGAACCAAGCUGUCUACACACAUUAAGACAGCGUUAUGGUAGCAGUUUGAUUCACACAUAUGCUGGACAAAUAUUGCUAAUCAUUAAUCCUUUGAAGAGCCUCUCGAUAUACACAGACAAGGUGAUACAAAUGUUUCGUGGAUGUAAACAAGAAGAUAUGCCUCCUCAUAUUUAUGCUUCAGCUCAAACUACAUAUCGAAACAUGCUUGCCAUGAAUGCUGACCAAUCCAUUGUGUUGAUGGGUGGAAGUGGUUCAGGAAAAUCUGUCAAUUGUUCACAUUUAUUACAUUAUUUUUGCUCGACAUCUGUGUCCCAACAAUCCUCGUUGACAGACGCCAAAGCUGUUGCUAUGUUAUCGUUGCUUCAAGCGUUUGGCAGCUGUUCUACAAGGCUAAACAACAACGCAAGUCGAUUUACCAUGUUAUUCACACUUGAUUAUGAUUCUUCUGGCAUGUUGACCAGUGGCUCACUUGAGACAUUUUUACUGCAAAAGAUAAGAGUUGUUCGGACACCUGAAGACGAGAGCAACUUUAAAAUCUUUCAAUAUUUUCUCGCUGGUUGUAACAAGAAGCUGAGACAAGAAUUCUUUCUCGACGUCGCUCAACAAGACCCAAAUUCCUUCAUAAAAUACAAGCAAAAGGACACAAAUCAACAACGUGAUCUGAAUAAAUGGAAUGAGUUGCAAAAUGCUCUGGAAAUCCUUGGUGCAAGUGUUGGUGAAUCAAAAUGCCUGUGGUCCAUCAUUGCUGCUGUAUAUCACCUUGGGACAGCUGGUAUUUCGAUGGGCAACGAGAAUAAACCAAGAUUCAAAAAUCCCGCUGGUGUACAACGUGCGGCCGCAGUUCUUGGGAUCAGCGUCGAUGAGAUUACCGAACUUGUUCUAUCUCCACCGAUGGUUAGUCAAAUUGUCAUUCGAGCUCCACGACGCAAAAAUCCAAGUCGUUUAUCGUCACAGUCAUCGGAAACUUCGUCAUCUAGUGUGCAAUCAAUGGAUAAUCAGAGAUUACGUCAGUGUACGGCAGCUCUGGAAGGUCUAGCGAUGGGAUUGUACCAGCAAGCCUUUGGUAUAAUGAUUUACUUGAUCAACAGGUCAAUCCAAGAAGGCGAUCCCAGACGUAUAGCAUCGAUAAACAUUUUAGAUUCGGCUGGAUUCUCUAGCUCCGUCUCUGAUGGUUCAGGAGCUCAUUUUGAAGAAUUUUGUCACAAUUAUCAAUCAGAACGUUUACAGAGGUUCUUCCACAACAUGACGUUCACGCAACAACUUGAUCGUUAUAAUAUGGAAAAUGUUGACUGUACCUUUAACAGUGUUUCGGGUUCACCCGAUACUGUUGUGACAGCAAUUGAUAAAGCUGUACAGGGUGGAAGUGUUAGCAUGGAUUUAAGGAAUGAGAAAAAAGGUCUUCUUUGGUUGCUAGAUGAAGAGUCUAUAUUUCCGGGAUCCACCGAACAAACAUUCUUAAAUCGGCUACUUGAGCGACAAAAUGUCGAUAUUUUUCAACCGGGUCCCUAUGAAACGAGUUUUUAUCUAAAACAUUUCCAAGCACGACAAAUGACUCUCUAUAAUGUCAAGGGUUGGCUCAGCUUGGCACGAGAGCAUCCCGCUGUAAAACAAGCUCAUACCUUGCUGGUUCAGUCUUCUAAGGAUGAUCUGGUUACGAUGGCGUUGAAGCAUUCAGAUGGUUUAAGUCGAACGAGAAGCUUUUAUCGUAAACAAUCUCCAUCUACAAUGUCAGUGAAAAAAGAUUCACUAUGCCUGCAGCUCAUUUAUCAAGUUGAUAACGUGUUGGAUUGUAUUCGAAAGACUCACAUUUCUUUCAUACAAUGCAUGUUGCCUGUCUCUGGGGCGGGAAAGUAUGAUCCUUUAGUCAGCGAAAAAUCAGCAAAUAUCGACGUUCCACUACUUCGUGCUCAGUUAAAAAGAGCUCAAGUAUUGGACGCUGUUCGUCUUCACAGACAAGGUUAUCCUGAACAUAUGACAUUUGGUGAAUUUCAACAUCGAUUCAGUAUUUUGGCGCCCACGGAGAAUCGACAAGCCCAGCCGGUUUUGGAUGAGAAGAAAGUAGCACAAACUUUACUAAAUGCCCUGGAUUUGAAUGAAAGUAGCUACAGACUUGGUUUGUCUCAGAUAUUCAUGCGAGCAGGCACUCUAGCCCAACUUGAAGAUUUGAGAGAUGAGACGAUCACGGAUAAUCUAAUUGAACUGCAGGCAUUCUGCCGAGGUUUUCUUUCCAGAAAGAAGUUUGCCAAGCUCAAGGUUCAACAAAAAGCGAUCAAGUGCAUUCAAAGCAAUGUGAGGCAGUUUUUAGAAAUUCGUGAUUGGCAAUGGUGGCGUUUGUACACCAAGAUCGUUCCUUUGUUGGAUAUUCAUCGAAGCGAUAAAGAACUCAAAGAUAAAAUGGAUGAAGUGGCUUCGCUAAACGCUAAGAUCUCAAAACUUGAGAAAGAAAAGAUUUCAAUGCAAGAAGAUAAUCAGCGCUUACAACAAAAGGUUUCGGAGUUAUCAGAGUUACUUGACGAUGAACGUGAAUCUGGUCAUGGUAAAACGGCCUUGCUACAAGAGGAACAAAGUUUACGAAUCAGAGCUGAGAAAGAAAUCGAAACUUUAAACGCUCAACUUUUGAGGUCACGAAAAAAUUCAACUGUUCAAGCAGAAAAUAUCCAAGCGGAGAUAGUAACUAUGACAGAAAGUGUCAUGCAUGAGAAUGAGCCUCCCCGGGAAGAAAAAUCAGUGGUAAACCCUGAAUAUGAAAUCGAGAAGCCAUCAAAAUGGAGUUCAGACAAACAGAAUGUUGAAAAAAUGCUUUCCGACAAGGAAGCUGAAAACGAGGAACUUUCGAGGGAUAUCAGUAAUCUAAAACGUAAAAUCACACGAACGAGUGCCGAAAUGAACGACAUGAAAUUAUUGUUAGAAAAAUCGCAGGCGAGGAAUUCUGACCUCGAAAAGAAACAAAGACGAUUUGAUGCAGACAUCGCUCGAGUGCAAGAAGAAGUGAAACAAGAACGAUCACUUAAGGAGAAAGCAAUUCGCGAUAAAGAUAUGGCCUUCUCAGAACGUGUUCAACUUGAACAAGAGAUAGAGCGUUACAAACAGAAAGUGUCAGAUAUCAGAAAUGAAAAAGAGCGUGUAGAAAACGAUCUCCGUGAUCUGGGAAAGAACAAAGGUGAUAACAAGGCUGUUGAAAUGGCGAGCAAUAAACGAGAACUUGAGAAAAGAAUUGAGGAACUAGACGACGAAGUUGAAGAGCAGGCAGAUCAGAUUCAGUUGCUGGAGCACGCCAAAUUAAAGCUGGAAAUGGAUUUAGAACAAACAAAGAAACGCGUUCAGAAAGAAUUGGAGAGAAAAGAUGAAGAUAUGGAGGAAUUAAAAUCUAAUUAUAUUAGAAAGGUCAAGACACUUGAGGCUCAGUUGGAGGAAGAACAUCACGAAGUUUCGCAGGCGGUAAAGGCGAGAAACGAAUCUGACCGCAAAUUGAUGGAUCUGCGACGGGAAGUGGAGCAUUUGAAGGAGCACGACAGCUCGGGAAAGCGAUAUAAACAAGAUCUGAAGAAUACGAAAGCGUUAUUACGCGAUGCUCAACAAGCUAUUGAACAGUUGAGCCAACAAAGCAAAAAAGAUAAAACACAAAUAAAACAAUUAAAACAUCAGUUAGAAGAUCAAUUGCAAGCAACUCAAAUGGCACUGAAAUCAAAGAAACAACAAGAAAUGGACGCACAAGACAUUCAAACUCAAUACGAUACGCUGGCGCGCACGAAAAUUGAGCUGGAGGAGAGAUGUUCCGGUUUGGCUCGUGAAAACAACGAACUUAGAAGUCAUGUAGAAGAAGACGAGGAAGAAAUGAAGACUUUGCUACAGAAAAAUAAGGCGCUCGUUGCCCAGAAUGCCAAUGUUCAAGCUGAAAACGCAGAGCUAAACGAUGUGAAACACAAUCUUGAAAACGAAGUUAAAACUCUUCAAUCGGAGGUUUCAAAUUUUACCCAUCGACUUUCUUAUUUCGAAGAAACAUCUGUUGAGAAGAAUAUCCAUGACAAGAUAGGAAAUAAGGUGAGAGAUUUAGAACAAAAGUUGGAAUCUGCUCUCGCUACAUGUAAACGUUUGGAAGUCACGAAUGAACGGUUACGUGAACAGCUGGAAAAAUCAUCUGAUGAACAAGCUAUACUCACUGAUAGAGAGUCGAAAGUUAUUCACGAGAAAAACAAACUUGAAAAGAGGUUAAUUGAAAUGAAGGAAGAAUUAUUAAAGUUAGAAAAACAAGAAAAUGAUGAGAAAAAGCGACGAACGGAAAAGGAAGCAGAAUUUGAAGAACUUGAGGUGACUCUUACUGCGACAAAGAGUGAACUUGUCAUGACAAAGAAAAGAUUAGCUGAUCUACAGCAAGUGAUGGAAGAUAAUAUCAAUGGUAACAGUGAUAUGACGUCAGACUCUGAUGAUGACGAUGAUGAUUCUGUUACAAAUAGUUCAAUGUCGUCCUAUCGACCUGUGAGCAUAUCACGUCUUCCUUCAGAACCGAGGUCCUAUAAAUCUUACGAAGAUUUAGACGACAUGCAUGAUAUUAGUGAUAGAUUGAUGCGAAAACUUGAUGCAUUGGAUGACGUAAGCUCUCCGGCAUCCUCGCGAUCUCCAGUUGGCCAGCAAUCGGUCUCCGAUGAAGGAUCGACAACUUCCGAUCUUCAAAUUCAUAAUGAUGUCUGAUCUUCAAAUUCAUAAUGAUCACGCAUAAAAUAGCAAUCUUAAUUUGUAUUUCCGAAAAUCACAGCGAACGAAGACAUUUCUAUGGACAUAACGAUAAGCAGGAAAUUUCCAAUUUCAUUUUUUCUUUCAUUGACAAAAGUCUCGUCAAAAAUAGCAAACGUUAAGGAUGGGGAAACCCCACUCUCUUCAAUAUGAAACACUUCCACAGACAAGGGAAAACGAUUUUUAUGCACGAGCAAAAUAAUGAGCAGUUUCAUUUAUUAUUCUUCAUAAAUAUUUAUGCUUACGCAUUUUACAAAAAUUAAAUUAAAUGUGAGUAGUUAUAAUUUAAUGAACAUCUAUCGAUUCAAGGUAUUUUUUGUAUAGGUGAGUUAUUGUACUUCUAGAAAACAAUGUUUGUGUCGUUAAUGCAAA